CCAGUACUGGUGCUGGCAGUAGGGAAUUCCAUGUCUACAGGGGUCUUCGGUGGAGAGAGAACUAGAGGCAAGAUUUUAUGGACGCCAUGGCUGAGAAGCAAAAACUGGAUGAGGAAUAUCAGAAGAAGCUCGAAAAGAACAAGAUAGUCACAGAAGAACAGACAGCCAAGCGCAGAAGGAAGCGCCAGAAAUUGAAAGAAAAGAAAAUGCUGGCAAAGAAGAGUAAGCUUCAGCAAAAGAGUGAUCACGCAGCUCCAGAUUCUGAUGCUUCCGUGGAUGAGGAAAAAGAUGAUGCAGAAGAGCCCAGCUUUAUGAUGAGGAGAUGGUGGUGUAGACACUGAUAACAAAACAUUUAUCUUCAAAACUAAGUUUAUACGUUGGUAGUGGGUUCAUUUUUAGAUUCCCUUAGCCUAAACUGGAGACGUGUUUUUAAUUGAC